AUUUGUAUCAAAAAAAAAUGUUAAUGCGUUCGUGAUUCGUGAUCAAUUUCUAUUAGAAAAACAUAAAAAUAACAUCUCGCACCUAUUGCACUUGCCAAAUAAUGUGCAAGGACGUAACAUUAUUGCAGUUUGAACUUGUGUGAAGCUGAACACUGAGGCUUGUCUCUAUAAAAUAAUAUCAUAAACCUUAAAAUGGAAAUUUUGGAAAGAAUCUACCUCAACUUGAAAAGGCAGGUCUCUCCGUACUUGCCGGCAUCUGUACAACACUCAGUUGACUUGGUACACAAAUCUGUUGGAAAUAUAAGACUGCCUCCACUGAACAAGGAAAAUGUUCUAUAUUUUUAUAUGCCAGUGCAAGGUUUGGUCAGUUACACAACCCUGUCUAUCACUGUUAUGAACCCGCAUUUGAUGGUGAGGUUAUUUCCUAGAAGAGAUAUCACAGAUGUGUUGUUCCUGUCGGCGGGCGGCGGCGCGGGGCUGUGGCUGUGGGCGCGGCCGCACAUGGCCGCCGCGGCGCCCGCCAGACGCUUCUCCUGGGCCUUCCUCGGCGGCACCCUGUGGCCCCUCGGCUCCAUCUUCCUAUGGGCCAUCCUUAGAAGCUCAGUCGGACAAAAACCACUAAUCGGCACAGUUCUUGGCAUCACCACUGGAGCUAUGCUUACCAACAUAGCUAUGGACUAUUUCCGUUAUGUGGAACUCAUGUUCUGUGGAGAGAUUCACCUACCUGACGAGCCCUACAGCCCUAACAGUGAUGAUGAAAAAUAUGAUAUUGAUGUUUAGAUUUCAGUAUACAUGCAUUGUAUUACUCACAAUAAGCUUUUGCUAUAUAAAUGUAAAUAUUGGAUGUCUGAGGAUUAUAAAAGACAAAUAAAUUGAUUUGUUAUGGUUAAGGAUAAGGUACUUAUGUAUUGAUAACUAUUGUGUGAAUUCUGAGCUCUGGGUUGUGCUUAUCAGUUCAUCUGUUCACCAUAAUUUUGAUGAGUUAACAUUGAAAUAUUUUUUGUGGUUGGUUGACCAAGACAUUGCUUGGUAAAUGAAGAUGAACUGAUAAAUAUUGCCCAUAAUGCAAUUUAUGAUAUUAUAGGUGUAUUAAUAGACACUUCUUGUAUAAAUUUACAUGUCUAGUCCUUUCACUGCAGUGCUUGAAUAAAUAUACACUGGUGUUAAA